CAAAAAAAGAUAAUUUUUUCCUCUAGAAAACAUAGCAAAAUCAUGUUCAGUUACAGAGAAUAGUCGCUAACCAUCAGAGCUCCAAUGACCAGAGUGUAGCCUCACCGGAGAAGAGAUCUCACCGUGUUUCGAUACCUUCUCAUCGUAUCUUGAAUCUUCUGUUCUUUUUCUUCUAAAUCCAGCAACUAGUGAGGGUAAAAAUAUCCUAAACUCUCUAUUUUAGUUAUUUCUCAUCUUUUUAUUCUUUAAUUAAAUUGUUUCAUUUGAAAACUUGAUUAUUUGGUUCUAAGCGUUUCCUAUUCAUUUUAAGUACUAUUUAUGAAAGACAUUUGAAUUCAUCCUUGAGAAUGAGAUUUACAUUGGUUUUUAUAAGUGUUUUUAGUUGGUUAAUACAAUGUGAAUACAUAUCGUCUCUUUUAAGUAAAAGACAAACAUGACAAGGGGAGAAUAGCUAACCCAAUGAUCAAGAGAUAAAAGAGAAUACCUCUUCUCUAGUGCAAGAGCUAAAAGAUAAAGAGCUUCUGGAAGAAGGAGAGAUGGUAGACAUCCCGGAUCUGGAGAAUCACGACUUGAUCGAAGAAAGCAUAUCCAGCGUUAUAGUAAAUGGACUGAACCCUCUAGUACAUAAAAUUGGAGGGCUAGUCAAAACCCUCCCACCAAUUUAUGAGUUAGAAGAUUGCGUUCGAGGAAGAAGAAUGGAUUGUUGCUCUAGAUCAAUGGACACAAAACCCCAAUCCAGAUUUCUUGUGCAGGAUCCCUUUUGGAUCAGAUUAGAGAAAGUCAAUAAUGCUGGACUUCUUUCUAUGGCGUUAAACUAUUUACUCUGGCCCAAAAUGAGCCCACAUGAGUACCCUAACCUCCGAAUCGAUGGCAGCUUCUAUCGACUUCCCCUCAGUCACUUCGUCUUCCCCGCUUCGACUUCUUGAAACCUCUGUUACCGUGAUCCCACUUCUUAUCAAUCAAUAGUUUUGUAUACUUCCCUCUUUAUGAAUUUGUUUCGCAUCCCUCCCUCUCUCAUCCUUUAUAUACUACUGUUUUUCAUUCCUUUCUACAAACCAAAACAUGCCAUGAAAUCAAAUUGCAAGUCCCCUGUCUCCUCCACCAAUGAUCAGAAAGUUAUGUUCUUCAAAGAUAUCUCACCAGGUCCCCACGAAGCCCAGUUAAGCUACCGUCUGAUCCAUUUUUGGGAGGCUCAAAACCCAGUAAGAAAAACAAUUAUUGGUCUGGAAAUGCUCCUCAUUGACGAACAGGGAAUUGUUAUUCAAGGAUUCAUUUCAUCAGGAUGUGUUAAAAAUAUUUUCCUGACAUGAAACAAGGAUCAGUUUACAAACUCUUCAACUUAUACGGAUCCAGAAACAAACUGGUAUAUCGGGUUGCUGAUCAUAGCGUAACCGUAUCUUUCUCACACAACUCUAUCAUGUUUUUUAACAUUUGCACCAAAAAAAACUCUAUCAUGUCGGUUCUUGAGGACAGUCCCAUCCCUUUUGACGAAGAAUGUUUCCGGUUCCAUUCAUAUGAGGAUUUUGAAGCUAACUAUGAUCUCAAAGGUGAUCUUUGCGAAAUACAAUGACAACAAGGAGCAAAGAAAAAAAGAAAAACUAAACAACAUGUAUUGAGAUUAAAGUAGCAGCAAUCCCGAAGCAAAGAAUAAGAAAAAGUCCGAGACUUUACAUCUGGUUUCAAGAUUCAAGAUUAGAUCUUCAAGCUUUCUGCAAUGGGUAUGGCAGCAGAACCGCAGUUUCACGUUUUAGCUGUUGAUGAUAGUUUAUUCGAUCGUAAACUUAUAGAGAGAUUGCUUCAAAAAGCUUCAUGUCAAGUGACAACUGUUGAUUCAGGCUAUAAGGCUUUAGAGUUUCUGGGUUUAAGAGAAGGUGUUGAGAGUAACGACCCAGAUGCAGUUUCGACAUCUCCUGAGAUUCACCAGGAAGUUGAAGUGAAUCUUAUCAUUACAGAUUAUUGUAUGCCAGGCAUGACUGGUUAUGAUUUGCUCAAGAAAGUCAAGGAAUCAUCAGCUUUUAAGAACAUGCCUGUAGUAAUAAUGUCCUCUGAGAACGUUCCUGCAAGGAUCAGCAGAUGUUUAGAAGAAGGAGCUGAGGAGUUUUUCUUGAAACCAGUAAGAUUAGCUGAUCUCAACAAGUUGAAACCUCUUAUGAUGAAAACAAAGUUGAAGAAGCAGAAGCUGGAAGAGAUUGAAAAGACUUCAAAAGACGAAAAUGGAACCGUAGCAGCAGUUGAACCAGAGGUCAAAAUCUUGCCUCUUCAGUCAGAACUAGAACCGAAACAAGUGCAUCUGCAAGUAGUACAAGAAGAGCAAACAUUGAGUAGCAACAAGAGGAAGUCGAUGGAAGAAGGGCUGUCAACAGAUAGAUCACGUCCUAGGUUCGAGGGCAUCACAACCGCUGUCUAGUUCUAUCGCCAAUGAUGCUUCUUUUUUUUCGGUUUAUUGAUUUUAGAGAUUUGUAGGAUUGCUUCCACUGGUACAAAUACAUGGUUUCAGUAGGGAAUGCAGAGGGGGAAUAGGGAUGGAUGAUGAUGUUUAUAUGUACAUCAGUUAAUCUUACAUGGUGAAUAAUAACCCAGUCUCAGUUUUGUUCA